AUGCAUGCCACGGAUGGAAACUCAGAGAGCACAGCAGGUUACAAACGGCCAAUAUUAUUCAAUUUUAUCAAAACUGUCGCCAAAAGAGAUGAAGUUUUCUUGUUUUUGAAACUAAUUUACCCGAGACUAGGCGAAAGUAAAAUUAAAGAAGGCGUACUAAAUGGUCAAGAUAUACGAAAGCUGAUUAAAAGUGACGCAUUCAACAAUAUUUUGAUUGACGCUGAAUUGAAUGCAUGGCAGGCAAUCAAAGAAGUAAUAGAAGGCUUGUUGGGAAAGCAUCGUUCUAACAACUACGAUGUUUCUGUCGCAAGGAUGUUAAGAGCAUUCUCGUUAAAUGGUGUCCACAUGUCCUUGAAAAUCCAUUAUUUACAUCAUCAUCUGGACUACUUCAGCAAACAAUUGGCUACCGAAUCUGAUGAACAAGGUGAACGCUAUCAUCAAGUUGCUAUGCCAUUUGAAAUGAGAUAUAGAGGCAAAAAGUCGCCGAGUGCAAUAAUUGCGGAAAUUUGCUGGUGGAGUAAGCUUGUGUGGCAAGACAGAGAUGAUCUUGAUGAUAAAGAAUUUUCAGGAGAUGCAGAAGGGCCAACAGUGGAGUCACUCAUUGACAUUAUGUGUGGUUCAGAAACUGAUGAUAACGAUGAAUGCGAUGCCACUAGUCCCGAACCACCACCAUCGAAAAAGUCUAGUCAAGAAUGCGAAGAAAUCUCAAGUUACACACGUAGUGAGCUGAGUGAGGAAAUAGAAAAUCUGAAAACCAAAAAAUCCCCCGGUUACGACCUGAUUACUGCCAAGGCUCUACAACAGUUUUCCCCAAUAUGA